AUUGUGUUAAAAAAAUCAUCCAAUAUAAAGGCGCAUUUAUUGGGUAUUUUUAAAUUCUCAAAUAGAGGUAUGAGCUUAAAAAAACAAACAUUAACAGCAACCCUAAUUUCAAAGAACCUGCCGCGCCGCAUAACCGCUCGCUUUAAAUAUCAAUGCGCAGGACCGAAGUUGUGUCGCUAAGCAACCGGUUGUGCUGGCGAGCAACGCAGCUAGUUCUGCACUGGAUAAUAGCUGAGAUGGAAGUACCGCUUAUUUGCAUCAUGUUAUUGUGACAAUUCUCCUUACGAAAAUAAAAAAAAGCUUCUAAAUACUUCAUCUCUAAGUGGAAAAAAGGCUAAACGUGGCCUCGUGAAUUUAGCGCGUUACGCAACACGACGUGAAUCUCCAUCCAUCCGACGUUCAGUGCGUAAAACCCGGACUCAUCAUAUUUGUGCCCUCGCGUUGCGCCGAUGAUGCACAACCCUCCCCCCCCCCACUCCAUACACACACACCCCACACACUACGAGGCAAGUCUUCCCCACGCCACUCCUGCUUCCUCUCAUGAAUGUACCGCGCCGUCGUCUCUUCCCAGCUGAACGCACCGCUCCAUCACACUGACCCGGCGGGGGGGGGGGUUCUGUCCCGGCUCCAUCACACUGACCCGAGAGGAGGGGUUCUGUCCCGGCUCCAUCACACUGACCCGACGGGGGGGGGGGGCUGUUCUGUCCUCCCGGCCGGCAGCUGUGGCCUCUGCUCUGAAGGCGGCCCCCGCCAUGACGUCCCCGCUGCUGCCUGCGUGCCGGUGAUCGUCGCUCGGUGGGGUUGGUGUGUGUCUGCAGGGCUCCCGUUAUUUCUCCAAUGAGGACCCCCACCGGGAUUUAACGCCGUUCCGUCCCGUCUUUAGCGGUGGGGAGGGACUCUUCACACGCGGCAAAGGUCUGCGCAUGGGGGCGGGCAAGAGCAAGCCCAAGGAGCCGGGCCAGCGCUCCAUGAGCCUGGACGGCACCAUCGGCGCCGGCUCCGACAGCGGCCACUUCCACCACCUGGGCCCGGCCCAGCAGACUCAGACCCCCAACAGGAGCCCCGCCGCGGGCACGGGCCGGCGCGGCCACGGCCACCAGGGGCAGCACCAGCUCGCCCCCACCAACACCCCCGUGCUGGCUCUGUUCGGAGGGGUGGACCACGCCGGCGCCGUCACCUCGCCCCACAGAGGAGGUGUCACUACAUUCGUGGCGCUGUAUGACUAUGAGUCACGGACCGCGUCCGAUCUGACCUUUAGGAAAGGGGACAGGCUGCAGAUUGUCAACCACACGAAGAAGUACAGCUUCAGAGAGGGGGACUGGUGGCUGGCUCGCUCUCUGACCACCGGAGAGAGCGGUUACAUCCCCAGCAACUACGUGGCUCCGUCCGACUCCAUCCAGGCCGAAGAGUGGUAUUUUGGGAAGAUAACUCGGCGCGACUCCGAGAGGCUCCUUCUGAACUUGCAGAACAGACGAGGAACCUUCUUGGUGAGGGAGAGCGAGACCACUAAAGGGGCCUAUUGCCUCUCGGUGCUCGACUACGACAACACCAAAGGCCUCAAUGUGAAACACUACAAAAUCAGGAAGCUGGACAGCGGCGGCUUCUACAUCACGUCCCGCACGCAGUUCAGCAGCCUGCAGCAGCUGGUCUUCCACUACCGCAAGCACUCCGACGGGCUGUGCCACGCUCUGUCCGACGUGUGUCCGGUGGCCAAACCGCAGACCCAGGGACUGGCCCGGGACGCCUGGGAGAUCCCCCGAGAGUCGCUGCGCCUGGACCUCAAACUGGGACAGGGCUGCUUCGGAGAGGUCUGGAUGGGCACGUGGAACGGCACGACGCGGGUAGCCAUUAAGACCCUGAAGCCCGGCACCAUGUCCCCAGAGGCCUUUCUGCAGGAAGCUCAGGUCAUGAAGAAGCUCCGGCAUGAGAAGCUGGUGCAGCUGUACGCCGUUGUGUCCGAGGAGCCCAUCUACAUUGUGACCGAGUACAUGAGCCAAGGCAGCUUGCUGGACUUCCUGAAAGGAGACACGGGGAAGAUGCUUCGUCUGCCUCAGCUGGUCGACAUGUCCUCUCAGAUUGCAGCCGGCAUGGCCUACGUGGAGAGGAUGAACUACGUCCACAGAGACCUGCGCUCCGCCAACAUCCUGGUGGGGGACAACCUGGUGUGUAAAGUGGCCGACUUCGGUCUGGCGAGACUCAUCGAGGACAACGAGUACACGGCGAGGCAGGGAGCCAAGUUCCCGAUCAAAUGGACGGCCCCGGAGGCGGCUCUGUACGGACGCUUCACCAUCAAGUCGGACGUGUGGUCCUUCGGGGUCCUGCUCACAGAGCUGGCCACUAAAGGCAGAGUCCCUUACCCAGGUAUGGUGAACCGCGAGGUUCUGGACCAGGUGGAGCGCGGCUACAGGAUGCCCUGCCCGGCCGAGUGCCCCGGCUCUCUGCACGAGCUCAUGCUCUCCUGCUGGAGGAAGGACCCAGAAGAGCGGCCCACCUUUGAGUACCUGCAGGGCUUCCUAGAGGACUACUUCACCUCCACAGAACCCCAGUAUCAGCCCGGGGAGAACCUAUAGGGCCGCACACUGGACCCAACCAGGGGGCGAGGACCUCAACACAGAAGCGACCUGCACUAACCGACCUCAGAGGAGAAGCCUGUGAAACUGGGAAAGACUUGAGAUUCUUCUGUGUAAAAGGAAACAAAAAAAGAAAGCUGCAGGAGUCCAGUCUGCUGUAGAGAAGGUGUCAGAAGGUCCUCCUGCUGCAGUGAGCUGCAGGCUGUGGAGGAGGUCUCCUGGGGGACCACGUGUUUUUAGACCGGUGCUGAUCAGGGUCCACAGGCGGAGCGAUGGGGGCCCAGAAGAACCAACCUUUUGACAAGGAGACCGGGUCAAGGGAGGAUUAUUUGGGGCAUCUUCUGUCUCCUCGCCAUGGGCCGGGUCAUCGUUCCGCCCACAGAAGAGCGGCGCCGCCGAGGCUCAGGUGCCAAAGGAAAGUCUGUCUCUCUUAAGAUGCUUUUAUCUCCUCUCUCUCUUUCAGUAUCUCCCUCAAUUCUUCUCAAGUGCUGCUUCUUCAAAGUGUCUCCAAAUAGCUCAGCGCUGGAACUCUUUAUUCAUGUUUACUUGGACUUUUUCCGUCCUGUGGUUUAAGCUUUUGUUUUCGGCGGCAGACAAAACUUGUAAUUCUGUAAUUUCUCUUAAUUAUUUUCUGGUAGUGCAGAAGGUUUCCAUGGUGGACCCAGUGUAGGUUGUGGAACACUGGAAGGCCCCCACAGCUCCAAUCCCAACCAUCACAGAUGAUUCUGGCGUCGUGUUUGGAACCUUGUUAUUAUUCAUUUGUUUUGAUCAUGAUUUAACUGCAAAGUUGCGUUGACAAUAAUCCUCCUCGUUAUGGGGGCUAAACGGCACGUGUGUGACCUGCUGAGACGCUGAUAUGGCAACCAAUCAGAUUACUGCUUAAUACUCGACGACCUAAAAGUGUGCCAAACUACUUCUUUACUGCCAUCCAUGUAUAUAAUGUUUUAUCAUCACGCAGCGGGGGGGGGGGAGGGGGGGGCACUGCACUAUUUCCCCAGUAAACGUCAAGGAUUUAAACGGUUUUCAUUCACAUUACGGAAGCUAUUUCCUUUUAAAGAACAUAAGGCCACUUUAAUGAAACUGUUGGGGCUUAACGGUGAGUUUUAGAACCAGUUUGCAUGCUUUUGUCGUCCUCCUGACCACUGGCUGGGUCUGUGGUUCUGCUGUACUGUGCAUCCACAUGUGGAUGUUUACUUCUCUUAAGGUUCAGGCGACGGGAUCAUAAACUGACUCGUUGGUGCCAUCAAUCAUUUUAAAAUCUUUCCCACUUUCCUUGUGUACAUAUGUAGCUCAGUCACACAUCACAGGGGUUUAGUUCAUGAAUUAGCUGAUGCAGAAACAUUAGAUGAUAAUUAAUAGAUUUUUGAUUGAAUAAAUAUGAGCCAUGCAGCAAUAAGAGAUGGUCCGUGCCCCCUAAAACGAUUAAAUUAUUAUUCACGGCUACUUUAAUCAAUGAUGAGGACGAUGGUGACUUUAAAAAAGGGCGUUUGUGAUGUGACCCCAACAAUGAGGUCAAAGAUGUAAAUAGUAUCUUCAACAAAUGACUGUGACUAUCAUGUAAUUAGUUUUUCCAUAUUUUUCUUUAAUUGCACCUCAUUGAGGCUUUUACAGUAACGCACGCCGCUCCUAAACUGAUUUAAUAUUUACCAGCUGCUGUUCAUGGGGCUGAAGGAAUGUUUUUUUUUUUUUUAUUUAAUAUUGGAUUCAUCAUUUCUGCUGAAUAGAAUUUGAAAUUAAGCUUGACAUAUUUUUACUUAUAUGUGAAAAUCAGUGCUUUCCUCUUUAAUAAUUGGAAACCGCCUGUAACGCGGCCUGAUCGGCUUCUCUGUGCCAUGUUAAAGAAGCCUCCUGCCUUCUGUUUUUAAUGUUUUUUGGGGUUUUAUCGAUCUAUGCAGUUACGGUCUGGCAUUCCUGCAACGACGUGGUUAUUUUUUUUGGAUCAUGAACAAGGUGUGAGCAUUUGGUUAGGGCUUCUUUUUGUCUUUUGUUUCUGAUGUAACAGGAUUGAAAUGGGUAUCGUGCCACAUUAUGUUGAUCUUUAAAUGUGCAAUAAAUUAUAUUUGAGAUGUGUUUUGA